AUGCCGCGCGCGUACGUCGGCGCGAUCGAUCAAGGGACGACGAGCACGCGGUUCGUCCUGUACGCGGCGUCGAACGCGCGCGAUCCGUCGAGUUACGCGCGCGUGGCGUCGCAUCAAUUGGAACACGCGCAAGUGCAUCGCGCGCCGGGAUGGUGCGAACACGACCCGGAAGAGAUCGCGCGACACGUCGUGACGUGCGUCGAGGAGACGUUGAAAAAGGCUGGGGUGUCGGCGCGAGAGGUGUCGGCGAUCGGGAUCACGAAUCAGCGAGAGACGACGGUGGCGUGGGAUCGACGGAGCGGGACGCCGGCGACGCGCGCGCAGGUGUGGUUGGACGCGCGCACGAGGGAGCUGUGCGAGCGAAUCACCGAUGAGGAGUGCGGUGGAGAUCGCAUGAAGUUUGCGGAGACGUGCGGGCUCCCAGUGAGCACGUACUUUAGCGCGGUGAAGAUGCGUUGGAUGUUGGAGAACGAGCCAAAGGUCAAGGCGCUCGCAGAGUCGGGGGAUCUUUGCUUUGGUACGGUGGAGAGCUGGAUCGUGUACAAACUCACGGGCGGACGCGAGCACAUCACGGAUGUCUCGAACGCGUCGAGGACGAUGCUCAUGAGAUUGGACGAUCUGCGAUGGGAUGCGGCGACGUGCGCCGCUUUCGGCGUGCCCGAAAGCGCGCUUCCGGAGAUCAAGUCGUGCGCCGAGCGUUUCGGUGAGAUCGACGGGGACGUGUUCGAGGGUUUAGGUGGGAUUCAAAUCACUGGCUGCAUCGGUGAUCAGCAAUCGGCGACGCUGGGGCAGAGGUGUGACGUCGGCGAGGCGAAGAAUACGUACGGAACUGGUUGCUUCAUGCUUCUAAACACUGGCGCCAGCGCUGUGCACUCCAAGCACGGACUGCUCACAACGCUCGCGUGGCAGCUCGGUGGUCGAGAUUCAAAGCCGACGUACGCGCUCGAAGGGUCAAUCGCGAUCGGAGGCGCCGUCGUACAUUGGUUGCGCGAUAAUCUUGGCCUGAUUUCAAAGGUGAGCGACGUCGAGAGUUUAGCUAGCACGGUCGAAGACGCCGCGGGGGUAUCAUUCGUUCCCGCGUUUACCGGACUCUUCGCCCCGAGAUGGCGCGAGGACGCGCGCGGAGUCAUCGUGGGAUUGACGCAAUACGUCAACAAAGGACACAUUGCGCGCGCGGCGCUGGACGCCAUCGCGUUUCAGUCGAGAGACGUUCUCGAAGCAAUGCGUCAAGACAUGGCUGAGUCCACCGAGCACGAACUCAGCGUCCUGAAAGCAGACGGCGGCGCAAGCGCUAAUAACCUCCUCAUGCAAAUCCAAGCAGACUGCGUUGGAUUGAAAGUUUUACGUCCGGGUGACGUGGAGACGACUGCGCGAGGAGCGGCGUAUGCCGCCGCCAUCGGCGUCGGCCUGAUGACCGAGCGAGAUGUCUUCCAACGCAAGAGUACCACCGACGAUGGUUCGCAAGAAUUCAUCCCAACGUCGUCCGCGGAAGCUCGCGAGGCAAACUAUGCGCGAUGGAACGACGCCGUCGAGCGAACGCUCAACAUGGAGAAAUCCGCGCUGUAG